AAACGUGGAAUAAUAAACGUUAUAACAAAGAUGCAUUAAUUAGGGCGAAAAAUUACGUCUCGUUAAUUUUAUUAGAAAAACGUAAAAAAUGUGCACAUCAAUCUAAAUUACACAAAAAAUUAAUGAGCAUUUCUUCUGAUCGUAGCACAAUCCUAGGUGCUGCCCUCAAUACGAAAUCACAAGGUAAUCCACUAAUCAGAAAUGAAAUCAAAAAUAACCUAAUGCUGGAACAAUGA